GGUUUGGGUGCCACUGUCACUGAGGAGCACAGCAGCAGCAGCAGCACGGAGAACUAGCUCUGAAUCAUGGCCACCGACGCAAUAUCGGCUUGUACCGGAUCCAGCUUACUCCAGCCGAUCAGCGAAAUCAUCAACCUGCCGCUGGACCAGGUGAACUUCGUGGUGUGCCAGCUGUGUGCGCUCCUCACAGCCUUCUGGUUCCGCCUCUACCUGCACCCCAGUAAGACCAGUCCCUUUGUCAGGCAUGUGGUGGCCACGCUACUGGGCUUGUACUUCGCUCUCUUCUGCUUCGGCUGGUAUGCACUUCAUUUUCUGAUGCAGAGUGGAAUCACCUAUGGGAUCAUGAUCAUUGCUGGAGUAGAGCACAUGCACAAAUACUGUUUGGUGGUUGCUCUGGCAUACCUUGGUUUCUGCCAGAUCACGCGAGUGUACGUCUUCGACUACGGCAUGUACUCAGCUGAUUUCACAGGGCCCAUGAUGGUUAUCACACAGAAGAUCACCAGUAUAGCCUUUGAGAUCCAUGACGGAAUGGCCCGGAAGGAAGACCAGCUCACUCAGAGUCAAAAGCUGUUGGCCAUAAGGCGGAUGCCCAGUCUCCUGGAGUAUUUCAGCUAUAACUGUAACUUCAUGGGCAUCCUAGCUGGACCCACCUGUUCCUACAAAGACUACAUCGCCUUCAUCGAGGGCAAGCCUUUUCGCCAUCGAGAGCUGGAGAACAAUGGAAAACUGCAAGGAAAAACCCGGUUAAAUGACCCUUCGCCUAAUAUGGAGGUAGUUCGCAAGCUGGGCACCUGCUUCCUGUCUCUGCUGGUCUUUCUUUCUGUCUGCAAAGUAUUUCCUGUUGAGCGCAACACUGAUGAUGACUUCAUUGCCACCACACCCAUCUACGCCAAGGUGGUCUACCUGUAUCUGUCCAUGCUGACCACACGGCCUAAAUACUACUUUGUUUGGACUCUGGCUGAUGCCAUCAACAACGCAGCUGGCUUUGGCUUUAACGGCUAUGACAGUGAUGGAAAGCCACAGUGGGACCUCAUCUCCAACCUGAGAAUAAUGAACAUAGAGUUAGCCACCAGUUUUAAAGUGUUCCUUGAUAACUGGAAUAUACAGACUGCACACUGGCUGAAAAGGGUAUGUUAUGAACGUUGCCCUUACAACCCCACAGCAGCCACAUUCCUGCUGUCUGCAAUGUGGCAUGGAGCUUAUCCAGGCUACUACCUCACAUUUCUCACAGGCAUCGUGGUCACACUGGCUGCCAGAGCGGUGAGGCACAAUGUAAGGCCAUACUUCUUGGGAUCACCCACACACAAGUUUGUGUAUGAUGUCAUCACGUGGGCCAGCACACAGAUAGCUAUUUGUUACACUGUGGUGCCCUUUGUGUUGUUGUCUGUGGGUCCGUCCCUCAAAUUCUACAGGUCAUGGUACUUUUGUCUGCAUAUAGGCUGUGUGCUGCUGGCUAUAGCUCUGCCGGUAAAGCCCCGUCACCUGCGACUAAAGGAGCAGCAGAGCAUUUCCUCCAGCUCAGACUCCACAGACAGCCAGAAACACAAAGCCACAUGAGCCCAGCCCCUGCACCCCCACUGCAGCACUGAACACACUCAGAACGGCCAGCGCUCCUACUCUGCAGCCACCCACGCGGAGAGUCAGACGAAUGAAACUCAAAAACAAACAUCCAAACAUUCAGCCUCUGCCUGCACUCGUCCAGUGGGGCGUCACACUAAUCUCGGCUCUAAAUGGCGACACCAGGACUUGGCGAGGGAUUGGUGGGUUUGAAUCUGACUGAUGGCAGUGUUAAGAAGGAUGGCCACUGAAGUUUUAAUGUAUAGAAUUAUGCAAAACCUGCCUUUACAUUCCUCAUUGCCAUCGCAGGCAUUGUUGUUAUGAUAUGCAGGUUUUGUUUUGGGAUGUAUAUAUUAUUAUCUUGAAGGAGACAGUGCCACCACUACCAGAGGGAAGCUGAUGAUGGUAAUUCUAACCACUUCCAGUGUUGUGUCCAUGUUUCAGUGUUAUAAAAAGCAAGUUAUUUGAAAGUGGGGAAAAAGAACAUCCGAUGACAGACAACCAAUGUUGCCGCCAUGCCAAUACGUCAGUUUGCAGUUAGUCAUUACCUCCCAGUUCAUCUUUUAUGAUCUUCAGUUGGGUUUAAAAAGAGCCUUCUCUUCUUUUCAAAGGUGUUGUAGAAGUUGAAUUGGAUAUUUGAAUCCAUGGCAGUGCCAUCAUAACAAGGUUCUUUAGUCCAUGAGACAUGUCAUCUUUAGUAUAGUAUGUGGUAACAUCUCUUCUGCAUGAGGUUGGCGUAUCUUCAGAUUUGCCCCAUGGCAUAAACACUGCAGACUCAUACCUGCCGUUUCAACCUGAAGCAUUACCAGGUAUUUUCAGCACAUUCCAUUCUGAAGUCCAGCGUUCCUUUCCAGUUAUAGAAAGACACUUUCUUAAGAUGAGGAUAUUUCAGAGUUAGCCUGAACUAAGAAAGACUUUUCUUAGAAACAUUUGCCCCCCCACUCAAAGUCCAACUCCAGAGUUCAUGUUUUUGUAAAUGAUGUGAUUAAAAAGAGAACCUUUUGCAACUA